AUGGAGAAUGUGAUGAACACUGAUUCUCAUUGUGCACUAGAGUUAGAACAUGAGCGAACACCCGCACCACCCUCUGCUUCUUCUGCUUCUUCUGCUUCAUCUGCUUCAUCAAGAGAAGCAGGAGGGUGGAGAUCCAUCAAAUACAUCAUUGGUAAUGAGUCCUUCGAGAAAUUGGCAUCCAUGAGUUUGAUAUCAAAUCUGACCGUGUACCUGGUGACGAAUUACAACCUGAGUGGCAUAUUUGUGGUGAAUGUGGUGCAAAUUUGGAAUGGAUCCUCCAACAUCUUCUCAAUAAUUGGCGCUUUCAUUUCUGAUUCUUAUCUGGGAAGAUUCCGGACCCUCCUCUAUGGCUGUUUUUCAUCACUUCUGGGUAUUUUGACCAUAACCCUAACAGCAGGUAUACAUCAACUGAGACCACAUACCUGCCAGGACAAGGAGAGACCUCAUUGUCAAUUGCCACAAGCCUGGCAGUUAGCUGUCCUCUUUGCAGGCCUUGGACUGUUAUCCAUAGGAGCUGGUGGCAUUAGGCCAUGCAACAUUGCUUUUGGUGCUGACCAAUUUGACACCAACACAGAGAAGGGAAGGGAACAACUUGAGAGCUUCUUCAAUUGGUGGUACUUCACUUUCACCAUUGCACUUGUUAUAGCCCUCACUGCUGUUGUCUAUAUCCAAACCAACAUAAGCUGGACCUUAGGAUUUGCAAUUCCAACUGCUUGUCUUGGUUUCUCAAUUACCAUCUUCCUACUCGGCCGCCACACUUACAUUUGCAAGAAGCCUCAAGGGAGCAUCUUCACAGACAUGGCUAAAGUCAUUGCGGCGGCGUUUAGAAAACGCAACAUUCAGGCUUCUGGUAGAGCCAUUUACAAUCCUACUCCUGCUUCUACAUUGGAGAAGGAUAGGAUAGUUCAGACGGAUAGAUUCGAGUUCCUUGACAAGGCUGCUAUAAUAGCUGAUCCUAGUGAGUUGAAUGAGCAAGGCAUGGCUAGGAAUGUUUGGAGGCUCUGUAGUUUGCAACAAGUGGAACACUUCAAGUGCUUGCUGGGAAUUCUGCCAGUGUGGGUGGCAGGAAUUUGUUGCUUCAUUGUGAUGGACCAGCAGAACACUUUUGGUGUGCUUCAAGUUGUUCAAACCAAAAGGUCUAUUGGACCACACUUCAAGGUCCCACCAGGGUGGAUGAACUUGACAUCAAUGAUAGCACUCUCCAUUUGGAUAUACAUUUAUGAGCGUGUCUACAUUCCCCUAGUGAGGAAGAUCACCAAAAAGCCUCCAAGAUUGAGCAUGAGGCAAAGAAUCAGAAUUGGCAUCUUGCUGUCCAUCUUAUGCAUGUUGGUAGCAGCAAUUGUUGAAAAGAAGCGUCGCGACUCGGCCUUAAAACAUGGCUUGUUCAUUUCACCAUUGAGCUUUGCAUUGUUGAUGCCUCAGUUUGCACUGUCAGGCCUCAAUGAGGCCUUUGCUUCUGUUGCUAUAAUGGAAUUCUUCACCUUGCAGAUGCCAGAGAGCAUGAGAACUGUUGCUGGGGCAUUGUUUUAUCUGAGCUUGUCCGUUGCAAACUACAUAGGGUCCUUGAUUGUCAAUAUUGUCCACAAAGCAACAUCACAAAGGGGGAAAACAGCAUGGAUAGGGGGUCAUGAUUUGAAUAUGAAUAGGCUUGACUACUACUAUUAUUUCAUUUCUGCACUUGGAGUUUUGAAUUUUAUCUACUUCAAUAUCUUUGCAAUCCGUUAUAUAAUUAGUGACGAGGAGAACGGGAUCACAGAUGUGCAGCCAGAGAAUUCAAUUGCUGUGGGAGAAUAAUGUGAACCAAAUUCUGAGGAGAAGGUCUUGGAUAGAACAGGCACAAGACAAAGGGCAAGAUGA